AUGGGUGAUUCGGUUAAUCACCCCGAAGGCAUAAGCGCGCCCCGAGAAGGUGGUCAUUGCCAGGGGUCCAAGAAACGUCCAAGAUUAACAUUCAUUAAUCCUUCAGAAUGGGUUGAUUUGCAGCCCGGAUGCAGCGUUUCUACAAAGAAAGACGCUGAUCGGAAUUUGUGUCAGAGACUAAUUGAUAGACAGUCUAAAGCUAAGCAAGAAGGUGUCAUGCGUGGAAGAUCAGAAUUUGAGGAACCCAAGCCAAAGAAAAGACAAAAACAACAAAAAUCUAGAAGAGGUCGACCGCGAAAGCGGCCAAUUGAUCCUAAACGACCAUGGAUUGAAAGUGAUGAUGAAGAAGGCGACUAUGUUGUUCCUGUGGACGAUGAAUCCGAUGAUGAUGCUUUCCUUCAGCGUCUAGCAGAAGAAAAGGAGAGAGAGGAAGCUGAAGAGAUUAAAAAGAAGCAGGAGCUUCAGCGCCAACGGCGUUUAAAACGUGAGGAACGUAGAUCAAGAGCUACCGGGAGACCUGGGCGACCGCGUACCCAAAUACCGUUCGCCCAUUUGUACGCAAAUUCCAAUGAUGAUGCUCAGUCUUCAUCCAAACCCAGCGAAACAAGUGAUGGAGAACAGUCGCUUUUAAACGACUAUGCCGUGGAGGAGGAGGUCCUUGAUUUUCCACCACCACCUGCCAUGGAAAAUGACAACUUUGACGAGGUUGGAAAUGGUGUUGGGACGAAUUUAGAAUCCACAUCAGUACCUGAUUUUCCUCGAUUCAGUCCCGUCGUCCUGCGCCGUCGGGCACCACCACUGACGCUUCCACCCUCCUCUCAGGACCUCAUAUGUCCCCCAGAACAUCUUCUCGACGCUCUAUCAAUCUAUCAAACCCUUCGACGAUACGGUCGUUUGUUGCGACUCUCUCCCUUCCAGCUGGAAGACUUUUUGUCCGCUUUAUUGGCCAACGAAAACUCAAAUCUUAUUGCAGCAGUUCACAUAACCCUUUUAAAUGCUCUCAUUACCGAGGACGAAGCCAAUGGGACACAUCUCUGUCCCCCAGACUGCAAGGACGGGGUCUCUCUUCUGAGUUUCAUCAUAGAUCGAUAUACUUGGCCAUAUUUUCUUUCCCUCUACCUCAGUAGUGUGAAGCGUGGUGAAUCUGCGGCUCUGGCAGCUCUUGCUCGCGUCGGUAACACCGCAACCGUCGCUUCGUCGGGUCCAAUCGCGGCAGUUACGUUCAGCGGCGGGGCUGAUGCCGUUGUCACCUCUGCUCUCUUCUAUCCAGAGGAUAGUGUCAUACCCUUGGAUUUCUCAUACCCUUUUGUUGACCUGCCGCAGCGUUUAGCCGUACUCCGAGGUCUUGUUGGCCUAUUUCUUGCCACUGGUCCUGUCCGCGCUGACAUACUUCGCGAGGGAUUCAUCGCACACGACGACUUUUGCCGUAUAUGUAGACAAAGUGGUGAGGUACUCUGUUGCGACACUUGUCCCGCUGUUUUCCAUCUCACAUGUCUCACACCACCCCUCGAGGCCGUGCCAAACUCCUCGUGGCAUUGUCCUCUUUGUGAAACCGAGCAAGAGGUGUAUGGGGAGAGGAAGGUUCCGAAAGCACGUGGAGAGACUCGGAUUUCCCCGCUGGGCUAUGACAGAGCGGGCCGAGUCUAUUGGUACAUGGAAGGCCGACUGUUUGUCGAACCAGUGGAUUUUGCCCAGUGUGAACCCGAGCUACCGGGUUUAUCGGAAGGUGUGCGGGACGAAGAAUGGGAGAGACGUGAGGCGGAGCAGCCCACAGGCGAUGAUGAAGAAGAGGAGGCUGGAGAGGGUGGCGAGAAGAUUGAGUGUGGUGUGGAGGGCGCCUGCGAUCCUUCCGUUGCUUAUGCCAACGAACCACCCGUCUACUACUAUUCCUCACUGGAAUGCAUCACCUCUGUUCGCCAGAGGCUCUCAACCCAAUGGGAACCCGCGCUUUGCGUUCAACUUGACACCGUAAUUGCGCUGAUGGAGGCGAAAGAGCAGAAAUCUAAGCAGGCUGCCAUGAAAUCCGAGCCGAAAGAAUCCGAAUCAACGAAACAUGAAAAUGACUGCGGUGAAGAGAAAGCUGAAGCGACUGAAAGCGUAGUCGAUGUGAAGAAAGAGGAGCAAGAUGGCGAUGCGACGGAGUUGACAAAGUGGCCGCCAGUGCUGCCUCUCCCUUCGGCACUGACAGCCGCUCAGUUAACUGCUCUUUUCUCCAACUCGCAGUCGUUGCAUCAUAUCGGCAGUGGUGGUGAGACAGCCUCGUCCCUCAUGGAAAAUGCCUUUGUGCUGGAGCUCUCUGGUGGUGUCCUGGUACACAAUCAGGAUGGUCUUUUUGAAAACUUUCCACUGCCACCUGAUGUGCAUGUUCAACGACUUUCGGAGCCACGGCCUGCGUUAGUGCAUUCACCUUUGUCCAGUUCUGUCCACCUUGCCCCCUCAAAACGCUGGCGAAGCUGGACAAACACUCUCUCCCAGGGUCUCUUCGUGCCCAACCCUACGGCGGAGACAGCCGAGUUAGCGGAGGUGAACAUUGCCCUCAACCGUCCGCAACAACAUGACGAACGCGAGAAGCGGCGCCUCCUGGUCAACAAGUUCUGCCUCUCCGACGCGGCUCUUGAAGCCUGGCGGUGGUUGGACGCCGAAGCCAGUGCCGAGAUGAUUCGACGCGCCAUUGGCGAGGAAUCAUUAGACAGUGCAGCUGAGGCAGACUUAGUGAACAGAAGGGCCGAUGCCGUUGGGCCUCUGCGAUGGCUGCACACCAUGAAACUUACUCUCUGCUUCAUGGAAGCACAGCUUCCAGCUGCAGCUCUAUGUCCAGUCUGGCGUUUGCUUCGCAAGGACUGGAUCGCGGCUGUUCUUAAGGCCACGUCUGUUCAUGAACUUGCUGACCUCCUGGCUCGUCUGGAAGCUGCUAUUCGUCCUGUCGCCUUUCAGCGGACUUGGACCUCCUCCAUCGGUGCGCUUCAACUGGAUCGCUUUACGUCUGCUCAACGGGAGGAGGAGAAGCGAAUACGUGCGUUGGAGCGCUCCUCUGCGGCGGUUAAUGCAGCGCCAAUAACGCUGGUGCGAACCAAAACUAUUCAGCCGAUUCGACAUACUGUGUGGAAGACGCGGGGAGAGGAGUACCGACGUCUGGGAGGCGAUGGGUGGCAGUGGGUUAGCGCCACGCGUCGCCACCAAAAAUAUUUGAAGACAGUGACUUUACAGUCAGCCAAACCAAAUAUUGACAGACCGGCUCAUCUUGGGCUGGGUUGGGGAGUUAAACCUGAGCUCCUUGCCAACACUGAUCUGCAUCCACCUCUACCCGAGGAUGCGGCCCUUGAUUAUAGAGUGCAUCCAAUCACAGGAGUGCCGCUAUGUCAAAACGUUCCGCGCAGCGUCUACACGAUACCUCCUGAAGCUCUCCGAAAUCAACCAGAUGGUGUUAUUAACAUCUCACAGUGUCUCAGAAUAGGUGGCGGGGAUUUCUUUCCACCACCUGCGAGAUCACCUCUUCCCCUUUUGCCCACAAGCAAGACGCAUCAGUGUGGAAGGGCGCAUUUUCGAUUGGACAGUCUUUUAGCCAUGCGAGAAGCCGCGGCGUUACGUGAUCAGGCUGCUAGCGAAGUAGCCCGUGGAGAUUUAGAUCAGUUGCGAAUGGAACGCGAAACCGUGGCCGCCAGAGUGGCCGAUAUUCAAUCGCGCUUGAGCGAAUUGUCUAGUGAGGCACAAAUUGCUCGCACAGAACAUGCUAGAGCCGUGAAAUCACGUCAAACAGCGAUAACGGAGAUGAAACAGCUUAGUGAGCAACGUCUGAACCAGUCUUGUUAUCAAGGAACCAUCCCGUCGACUUCCUCUCUACGUGAUGGUGGCGGUGGAGGAGGCGGCGGACGUGCCAAAUCGCGCGCUUCAAUGACUCCCGGACGCAACCGAUCAGUGGCAUCCCGACGUCUCCAGCGAGAGGAGUACAAUUACGAUUCGGGUGAAAGUGCCGAGUCCGAGGAAUCCGCAGCUACGUCUUCUUCUCGACCUGCCAGUAGCACCACAGGAUCAAAUGUCCUUCGUCGAAGCUCCCGUCGCCAGAAGACAAAGAGCGUUGAUCCUGACUUUGUUGUGGAUUUCGGUGAAGAUGAAGAGGAGGAGGAGGAGGGUCGGGUUGACAUCGACCGUGAUGACGAGGACUUCAGUCUUCGCCAAUGCGGUUCUGAUGACGAGGCGAUAGACGGUUCAUCCUGGGCUCGGGGUGGUGGUAGUGUGCCCCAACUUGACGGUGCUGGAGAUGAUGAUGAUGAUGAUGGUAUACUGGAAGGGGACGAGGGAGACGAGGAUGAGGAAGAUUACGGUGUGGACGAGAACGGUACUGAAAACGAUCCUGAGGGCAAAGUGGACGGGCUAGCCCAGAAGUCUCCUCUCAGGGCUGCUGCUACGGGGACAGUGUCCGCCACUGUGUCUGGAAAGGGCGCACUGAUCCCUCCUUCUUCCUCACCAGGGAAAAGUUUGCUCGCUCUUGCUAUUGAAGGGAAGGCACCUGGUAUUACGUCAAACGGCGAGUCUCCCGUGGAGGCGAAAGUCGUCGGGAGUGGUGCCGAUAGUGGAAGUGGAGUGACGGUAGUGCCAACUCCUAUCCCUACCGCUCCUGGUGGGCAACCUGUGCGCCUUGUAAGGGUGUUGCGUGCGCCACCGGGAGCCCCCGCAGGUACCCAAAUUAUCCAGGCGGUCGAUCCACCCUCAGCACCUACUGGUGCCUCUGGAACCGGAAACCUAAUAAUUCCUGCUUCAACAGAACCUGCCCUACAAAAGUCUCUUAUACAACUCUCCUCAAGCGGUGGUGUCAUAGUAACACAGGCCUCAACUCUGCCUGCAGGCUAUCGACUAAUUACACCCUCAAGUCUACCCCUAACCACCACCAACACUGUGUCCUCCAUGACUUCUGGAGGUGGUGCUUCUGUAGUGACGUCGGCGUCCCGAACACCGCUCAACUUCGUCCAGGUGGUCUCCACCACCCCAUCGUCUUCAUCUGUGCAAGGGUUGAGGCCGCGGCCGCUAGUGCCGCAACCUCUUCGAGCUGGUCAGCCAGUCACCGUCAGCGCCACCGGUGCCCCUUCCCUCAUCUCAAUAGCACCGUCUCCAGUGGUUCGGGCACCCCCCCUUAGACCUCUCUUAGCACCUGCAAGUAGACCUAUUCUCGCUAGCUCGUCUAACUUGGCACCGUCCCUGCGUCCACGAAUGGUACGAGUGGUAACGCAGCCAAUGCAACUGGAUCCGAGUCUCGACCAAGCUGUCACUGAAGCUGCCACCAAAUUACAUCAGGUUGACUUAGAACUCUUCAAUCUUCGCAAGGAGCUAAGGCAUCUGGAAUCGCAGCUGGCAGAGCUGAGUGCUCGUGUGGAAGAGAAGGAGGCUAUGGUGGCUCGGUGUGGUCGUUCCACCGCUAAUCCUUACUCCCUCAGCAACCAUGCCACCUCCCUUUUGGCGCGCCUAAAUCGCGCUGCUAAGGCGGCAACUGCAGCCAACCAACGAUCGAAGGGCCGACGAUUUCUCACUUUACCCAAGCAUCUGCCUUCGGUUAAUCCCUACGCCUGGCCGCCUGAUAAAUUAUUCGGGUCUAGCGUCUCCUCCACUUACCCUGAGGUCGAUAAGGAUACCUCGGUGCCCGUGACAAAUCUCUUUCGUUUGAGUCGGGUGAACUUGCGAGCAUUGAUUCUUGCAGCUGGUAGGAAGGAGGUACCAGGCUAUGAGGCAGAGAAAAAACGAUUGGCUUCGAUUCCUUGGUCCUACCCUACUGCUCGACCAUGUUUCGCGGAGGCGUGGCGUUUCCGUUUGCGCCAAAUCCUUCUUCAGCCAGCCGCCUCGAGUUGUGGCAUCCUGAACACGCCCUCGCAUUACGGUGUGGCCAUGGCCACCCUAGCAGCACAUUUGCGUCUCCUCUGGCACUCUCUUCGGUGGGAUGAGAUUAUACUCUCCGCAGCCGCUUGCGAAGACGCCACGCUAAUGGCGGAUCGCUACUACCUUAAACAGAGCAUCUCUGAAGGUCAUGGUGGCGGUUAUGCACUGCGAAGGGUUGUGGCUAUCAAACCAUUGCUGGGCAGAAGGAUGACCGAGAUGGUGAACGAGCAGCGCGAAAUUGAGCUUACGAAGCUCGGACAACUAGCAUUUUACAGGUGCCUUCGCGUCAAAUUGGAACUUGUUUUACAGCUUCAAAAGGCCACGUCAUUGUGGUUGCGCUACAAGCGGUUGCAGGAUAAGUACUGGCUACGAGCCAACUUCCUCGUAGAGACCUCAGUUCAAAAGCCAGCCGCUUCAAAGCGUAUUGCACGUGGCAACUCACACCCCUCUCUUGGUGGCAACAGCGACGCAUCUACCUCUCGACGCUCGGGUCGUGGAAGCAAACGAUUCGCUGACCCCGACUACGAUCCAGCUGCCGACGAAGGCUGGCGUGUCGGCAUUCCAUGCUCGAACCGUCGUCGGCGUCGUACGAACUACAAUGAGGAUCGACUGAUGGAAGAAGACGAGGCGGGGGAGGAUGUCAAAACGAACGAAGAUCAAGGAGUGGAGGAUCAGGGUGAUUCCUCCUCCUCGAGGCGCGAUGCUAAGAAGACGGAGGAGUGGGUGUCUGAGGAAGCUCUUCAGCUCUGGGAGAUUCGUAACUUCUUUGACAGGCAAGUGGUUUUAAAUUCACCCUCGCUCUUCGACAGUUGA